GAGAACGGCACGGAAUUACAGACUUAUCAUAGAGAACCUGUUCUUUAGCAAGAAACCUCGAAUAAAAUGGCCAUUGAUGCUUUUAAUCCUUUUCCACCAUGUCCUGCAAAUAACUGGGGCUAUUCUAUUUAUGAUUGGAUCCAAGGCGAGCACGCAUUCCAUUAUGGCACCUGCCACCCUUGCGCGGAAAAUGCACGGCCUGAUAGCACCCCUAAGUUACUUAUUAAAUGUGCUUUGGUGGCGUCAGAUGGACUAUUUAGAGGAAACCCUCCAAGAGGUCAACGAAAUUUUGCUUCGCGCCAAGUUCCCGCUCCUAGGUUCUUUGCGCGCUACUAUCACUGCAGAAUUGGAGUCCCGACAUCGGUCAAUCAUCCUCUACAUGAAGGCAGUCUCACAACUGUUGGUUUUGUCAUACUUUCUACCUCCCGUAAUCGCACUAUUUUUCAACCCCUCAUCAUCACGAACGCUUCGUCUACCAAUGGAGAUGUUGGACCCACUCUCUCUCCUCGGAGUCAGCUCGAAUGACGUCAUUGGGGUACUCAUUUACUUCAGUUAUUUUGCCUCUUACUUAGUCCACAACUAUACCCUAUACACUGGAGCUGCGAUUCUCAUCGUCACUAUUGAUUCCCUGAAGACAGCGUUUCGCGUAUGCGGGCUUUGCUUGGAGACCCUCGGUCAUGGCAAAUCUGCCGAUUGGGAGCAAUUUGUGGACGCUGUUAAGCUUCAUCAACGCUUGUAUAGAUUGACUGCAAAGAUGAAGAACGCUGUUGAGCCAUUACUUGCAAUGAUCAUAACUGGGACUGUCAUUUUUAAUCUUCUUUCCGGAUUGGCAUUUGCUCAGGCAGAUGACGUAUCCUUAAACAUUUACUUCAAUGAACACUGGGUGGCGCGGAAAUCCGAAUUCGCUCCUUUAUUUCCAUUUAUGAUAAUGAGAUCAAACACACUGGUGAAAUUCCGCAUUUACAACUGUUGGUCGUUGACGUCAGAAAGUUUGCUUCAGUACACGAACUUGAUGUAUAGUUUUUACGUAUUUUUGGAGUCAGCACUAUCAAAAAUUGGCAAAGACAACAAUCUGUAAUUUUUGGACUCUUCAUUGCCGUAAGUUUUUACGACACUGCAUUGAAAUCAUGUA